GGGUGGAAGGCGGGCACCUAGCCUUCGGGUCGUGAACGGAAGAGCAACUACGGGAGUUGGCUUACACACCAGCAGUACAGAGUCUGUACGUUCACCCCAUCACCAUCUUGGCCAUCCUAAUAACAAUAAUAAUAACUUUCACAAUUACACCAAUAAUCAUCCGCGACUGAACAAGGAUGACAGCAUCAAAAUCAGCAUCGAAAAUACCAAUACCUGCACGGAUAGUCUCGUCACCGCUUUAGACGACGAGACCUUACUUAUUACCGACUUCCUUGGCGAUACAAGCAACGACAUGAAUUACAAGGGAAGCGGUAAGGUCCAUUUCGGAGUGGACGAUGUGUCCCUAUAUGGGACACCGAAGGAAGAGCUUGGUCCGGGACUUCCGGGCCAGGAAGUCAAGACAAGCUUCAUUAAAAAUCAGCUGCAAGCACUCUUCCAGCCGACGGACAAUAAGCUUGCCAUGAAGCUCUUUGGCAGUAAGAAGGCUCUCAUGAAAGAAAGGAUAAGGCAAAAGGCUGCAGGUCACUGGGUUAUACAUCCUUGCUCCAGUUUUAGAUUUUAUUGGGACUUAUGUAUGCUGCUUCUGCUAGUAGCUAAUCUAAUUAUUCUGCCGGUCGCCAUUAGUUUUUUCAAUGACGAUUUAAGCACCCGGUGGAUAGCCUUCAACUGCCUUUCCGACACAAUAUUCCUCAUAGACCUCGUUGUUAACUUUAGGACUGGUAUAAUGCAACAAGAUAAUGCUGAGCAGGUGAUACUGGAUCCAAAGUUAAUCGCGAAACACUACCUCAGGACUUGGUUCUUUCUCGACCUCAUUUCCUCCAUACCACUAGAUUAUAUUUUUCUCAUAUUUAAUCAAUUUCAGGAUUUCAGCGAGUCCUUCCAGAUUUUGCAUGCUGGACGUGCUCUCAGGAUUCUCAGGCUCGCAAAGCUUUUAUCACUCGUUAGGUUACUUCGUUUAUCGAGACUGGUGCGGUAUGUCUCGCAAUGGGAAGAAGUCUAUUUCCUGAAUAUGGCGUCGGUGUUCAUGCGGAUUUUUAACCUGAUCUGUAUGAUGCUUCUGAUUGGCCACUGGAGUGGUUGUCUACAAUUCCUGGUACCAAUGCUUCAAGGCUUUCCUAGCAAUUCUUGGGUUGCCAUCAACGAAUUGCAAGAUUCGUUCUGGCUGGAGCAAUACUCUUGGGCACUUUUCAAAGCCAUGUCACAUAUGUUAUGUAUAGGUUAUGGAAGGUUUCCACCGCAAUCAUUGACCGACAUGUGGUUGACGAUGCUAAGCAUGAUCAGUGGUGCGACGUGUUAUGCACUAUUUCUUGGUCAUGCGACGAAUCUCAUUCAAUCCCUGGAUUCGUCGAGAAGACAAUAUCGUGAAAAGGUGAAGCAAGUGGAAGAGUACAUGGCUUACAGAAAAUUGCCAAGAGAAAUGAGGCAGAGGAUUACAGAAUAUUUCGAACAUCGUUACCAGGGGAAAUUUUUCGAUGAGGAAUUAAUUCUGGGCGAGCUAUCGGAAAAAUUAAGAGAGGACGUCAUAAAUUACAACUGCAGAUCGCUUGUUGCAUCUGUACCGUUCUUCGCAAAUGCGGACUCGAACUUUGUAUCGGACGUCGUCACAAAAUUAAGAUACGAAGUUUUCCAACCAGGUGACAUAAUAAUAAAGGAAGGUACAAUUGGAUCGAAGAUGUACUUUAUUCAGGAGGGCAUAGUGGACAUAGUGAUGGCAAAUGGAGAAGUGGCGACAUCCUUGUCAGACGGUUCUUAUUUUGGAGAAAUCUGCCUUUUAACAAAUGCCAGGAGAGUGGCUUCGGUUAGAGCCGAAACCUACUGCAAUCUCUUCAGCCUCUCGGUGGAUCAUUUCAACGCUGUUUUGGACCAAUAUCCAUUAAUGCGUAGGACCAUGGAGAGCGUUGCCGCCGAGAGGUAUAAACUUUGGUUAAAUAAGAUCGGGAAAAAUCCGAACUUAGUAGCUCACCGCGAAGAAGAUCUUGGUAGUGAAUCAAAGACGAUAAACGCUGUCGUGAAUGCUCUCGCGGAACAAGCAGCUCAUGCAAGUGCUAGCGAAGAAUCGGUGCACAGCAUGGAGAUGAGGACGUUACCAGGUGGUUUGCUUCCCAGGCCAAAGUCUGAAAACAAUUUUGCAAGCCAAGACCUUACCAGAGAAGGGCGAAGAAUCUUUCACAAGAGCGAUACUUUCCACAAAGACUCGUAUCAAUGACGACACUCUUUUCAUUAGCAAACGCAGCUAUACUGAAGGUCCAUUAAAAAAAAGUAGGAUCUUUUGAAUUACGUAUCGGCUGCUUUGCGUAAUGGACUUUUAAUAUAGUUUCCUCGGAAAGUGCAGUGAAUGCUCGUUACAAUUGCAGUUCUCUACUACAAUCGGUUUUAAAUAUUUGUAAUCCUUAAAGAAAGAAGAAAGCCUAAUGCACCCCGAAUUUAGCCAGGAGACCCUCAUGGACACUCGACUUCUCCACCCUCGCCAGAAACAAUUUCAUAAAUACUAAAAGUGAAUUAUUCAAAUGUCUAGAAGUCGGCGAAAGGAAUUUUGAGUGAGUGGCCUACUACAUCACUGGAAUGUAUGCUUUUAACAUGAAAAUAUUUAUAAACAAAAGUGACGAUAGAUACUUGUGAAAGUUGCAUUUUACGAUCACUACAAAUUAUACUGUUAUACUAAGAUACAAAGCCUAGCGAAGAGAGGAAUUUGCAACCUUGAAAGAAAAUUCACUUUUCUAUAUCUAUAAUACACUUGUACAUAAUAAUAGAAAAUCAA